AUGCUGCCAUUAAUGGGUAUUCCCCCUGAUGAGAGUCCUCGCCGCGGUGGUUCCUUUGGACCCUACCAGCAGUCACACAGACUUGACCUUUAUAAGAGCGCCAGCGAUGUGCUUUUGGAGAGAGGUGCGGCGUACCGCUGCUUUUGUACCCCUCAGCGCCUGGAACUGCUGAAGAAGGAGGCUUUGCGGAGCCAGCAGACCCCGCGAUACGACAACCGGUGCCGGCACCUGACACCUACAGAAGUGUCUGAGAAGCUGUCACAGGGCCUUGACUGGGUAGUCCGCUUCCGGCUGGAGAAGGGGGUGGAACCCUUUCAGGAUCUGGUCUACGGCUGGAGCAAGCACGAAGUGGCUGACGUGGAAGGAGACCCAGUGAUUCUCAAGGGUGACGGCUUCCCCACUUACCACCUGGCAAAUGUGGUGGAUGACCAUUACAUGAGCAUCAGCCACGUCCUGCGUGGAACCGAGUGGCUGACUUCGACAUCCAAGCAUCUCCUUCUCUACAAAGCCUUUGGCUGGGAUCCCCCUCAGUUUGCUCACCUCCCGCUGCUUCUGAACAAAGACGGUGGCAAGCUGUCAAAAAGGCAGGGGGACAUCUUUCUGGAGCGUUUUGCUCAGGAUGGCUACUUGCCAGAGGCUCUGCUGGACAUCAUAACCAACUGUGGCUCUGGAUUUGCAGAGAAACAAAUGGGGAGGACUUUGGAGGAGCUGAUCUCACAGUUUGAAAUAGGCAGAAUUACAACCCAUUCUGCCCUCCUGGAGCUUGAAAAAAUCCCAGAAUUCAACAGGAUUCACCUCACCCGUCAUAUUGAGAAUGAAGGGCUGCGACAGAAGCUAAUUAGGGAGGUGCAGUUGCUGGUGGAGCGCGUAUAUGGGGAUCAACAAGUGGAUCAAGAGGUUCUAGAAAAGGAGUAUGUGGAGCGAGUCCUCCUGCUGAGAAAAGGUCACAUAAGCUUCCUGAAGAAUCUGGUGUCAUCUGAUUAUUCUUACUUGUGGGUUAGGCCCUCGGUGUCCCGAGAGCAGCUACAGACUAUUUCUGCAGAAGUAGAUGAAAUAGGAAAACUAGUCUUAGGCAUCAGCCUGGAGAAGUGCGAGGUGGUUUUGGUCAACGUGUAUUCAGAUUAUGUAAUGAGACUUCUGGUUCUCUGGAAUGAACCCACUAGCAGUCUGCAGUUCUAUCUGCAUAAGGCCACUGACCCAAGUAUCCCUGAGGAAAACUGGGAAUGCAUCCAGCGGUUCUGUGACCAGGUGAACGCCGACACAGAAGGCCCGUCGCUCGCACCGAGACUGCUGGCACAUAAAAUACAGUCACCUCAGGAGAUGGAAGCUCUCCAUGCUCUCACAGUGCUAGAGACCUGUGUGAAUAACUGCGGUGAAAGAUUUCACCAUGAAAUAGCAAAAUUCAGGUUUCUGAAUGAGCUGAUUAAAGUUCUUUCCCCAAAGUACUAUGGAACCUGGUCUUCAGAAAAAGUCAAGUCAAGAGUCACAGAAGUAAUAUUCAGUUGGACAGUCUGGUUUCCUCAGGAAGUUAAAAUCCAGGAUGCUUAUCAGAUGCUGAAGAAACAAGGGAUUGUAAAACAAGACCCCAAAGUACCAGAAGACAAAAUUUUACCUCCCCCUUCCCCAAGACCUCAGAAUUCUAUUUUUGACACAGAUGAAGAGAAAUCCAAGCUCUUAGCGAGGCUUUUAAAGAGCAACCACUCUGAAGACCUGCAGGCUGCCAACCGUCUGAUCAAGAGCAUGAUUAAAGAGGAACAAGAAAAGUCAGCUAAGCUGUCCAGAAGAGUGAAUACCAUCACUGAGGUUUCUGAGAAUGUUAAACGUAUGGAUGAAUUACUGGAAAACUACAGGAGACAAGAAUUAUCCAAAUCUGACCAUGAGACCUUACAGACUCUGUUUCAACGCUGUGAGAAGCUCAGGCCGCUGCUCUUUCGCCUUGCAAGUGAGACAGUUGAUGAUGAUGAGGCUCUAGCUGAGAUACUGCAGGCCAAUGACAAGCUCACACAGGCACUCGGACAGUACAGGCAGGUUGUAGCCAGCCAUGAAAAUGGUGGUGGAGGAGGUUCAGCCACCAGCUCUGCUGAUGCAGCAGCAUGCCCGCCAACCCCAAGACGCGUGAAGAGCUAUACACUGAUUGACUUCUCUGAACUGGAGGUGACGUCCCACUCUCCUACAGACCAAUCUGCAGACAUAACCACCACCUCCCGCCACAGCAGCACAACCUCUACUUGUCUGCUUGAUGAGGAGUUCAAGUCAUUAGGUCUCAGCAACUCUCCUGUUGUACAGAAACCACCACCUGAUUUUGGCUUAGCAGAGGCUGCUGUACACAAUGGAUAUGGUGAAACUGAAAAUGCUGUUCAAACACUGGGGCUGCAGGAGAGCUGGGAAGACAGGUGUUCAGAGAAGAAUGAAUUUCAGGGCCUGGUUGAUCAGCUCUCUCCACCAUCCAGGACCAAGACAUUAUCACUGGAUUUAUCACCAAUGAAAUUGCCCUUUCCAGAUCUUCCAAAUAGCUCAAUGGCAGAUACUUCCUUCUCCAGCCUAGGCUAUGAGCUGAAGCCUGCUGCCUCUUUGCAUCCAGCUUCUCAUGAUGCUUCUCUAGAACACCUUUUUGUCCCUUUAAUUUCAAUUACACCGAGCAGUGUCUGUCCACUUACUGUGUACGACAGGAAUGGUUUCAAGGCUAUGCUCCAUUUCUCCAGAGACCCGGCUCCUGGCCGACCAGAUGUGCUGGUGAUGGUUCUUUCCAUGCUGAGCACAUCAGCUCAACCAAUUAAGGAUAUAGCAUUCCAGGCUGCAGUCCCAAAGACCAUGAAAAUAAAGUUACAGCCAGCAUCUGGUUCUCAGCUGCCUGCCUUCAGCCCUCUUCUCCCCCCUGCAGUGGUAUCUCAGGUCCUGCUCCUCGCCAAUCCGCACAAGGAUCCCAUCCGACUGAGAUACAAACUGGCAUUCACGCAAGGUGUGCAGCCCUUCAGAGAGGUGGGAGAGGUGACUGGCUUCCCAGAACCAGAGCUCUGGGACCCCGUUGAGGGUCGCGUCUCUCCGCCUUUGAACUGGCCGCCUAAGGCGCGCGGCGGCGGCUAG